UGCUGUUCCGCCCCACAGACGGACGGAUUGACGGACGGACGCUGCUGUGUGUGCUCGCUCUUCUCUUCUGUGUGCGCUCUCUGCCUUCUUUCUCUCUCGAUCUCUGUGCGCGUGCGCUUGUGUCACCCCCAGUCCCUUCCUGUCCUGUCCAGAUUGGGUGUCGAGGUGGAGGUAUGUAGCGCCGGAUUCAGCGCGCCGAGCAGCAUGUAGCACCUGGAGCGCCGCGCACAUCGCCUCCCUGCCGCGCUGCUCCUCCGUCUUCUCUCCCUCCCGGAGCGGUCCAUUUCUACUCUCGGGAAAGCAUCGCCUGCACGAGGAUUUUUGGGGAUUUUUUUUGUUGGGGGUGGUGGGUGGGGGGAUUUAUUAUUUAAUUAUUUUUAGAGGAGUGUUUGUGUGUGUUCAUCCCCGCCGCUCUGCACCUCUCGGUCGAUGGUCGUUGAGGAAGCUUCCAUCUUGAGUCCCGUGUCUACCGAGAGAACCAUGGCGAGCGACUCCCCUGCGCGGAGUCUGGACGAGAUAGACCUGUCUGCAUUACGGGACCCGGCUGGUAUCUUUGAGCUGGUCGAACUGGUUGGAAAUGGCACCUAUGGGCAGGUCUACAAGGGUCGCCAUGUCAAAACAGGCCAACUUGCUGCCAUCAAGGUCAUGGACGUCACAGGAGAUGAGGAGGAGGAGAUUAAAGCAGAGAUUAACAUGUUAAAGAAGUACAGCCACCACAGGAACAUCGCCACCUACUAUGGAGCCUUCGUCAAGAAAAACCCUCCUGGGAUAGAUGAUCAGCUGUGGCUGGUGAUGGAGUUCUGCGGCGCUGGUUCGAUUACGGAUCUGAUCAAAAACACCAAAGGGAACACACUGAAGGAGGAGUGGAUCGCCUACGUCUGCAGAGAGAUCCUCAGGGGUCUGACCCACCUCCACCAGCACAAGGUCAUCCACAGGGAUAUCAAGGGCCAGAAUGUGCUGCUGACGGAGAACGCAGAGGUUAAACUAGUGGACUUUGGUGUGAGCGCUCAGCUGGAUCGUACGGUGGGGCGAAGGAACACGUUCAUCGGGACGCCGUACUGGAUGGCCCCCGAGGUCAUCGCCUGUGACGAGAACCCCGACGCCACAUAUGACUUCAAGAGUGAUCUGUGGUCGCUCGGUAUCACAGCUAUAGAGAUGGCUGAGGGAGCGCCGCCUCUGUGCGACAUGCAUCCAAUGAGAGCGCUCUUCCUGAUCCCCAGAAAUCCUGCCCCCAGACUCAAGUCUAAGAAGUGGUCGAAGAAGUUCCAGUCCUUCAUCGACAGCUGUCUGGUGAAGAGCCACAGUCAGCGGCCGAGCACGGAGCAGCUGCUCAAACACCCGUUCAUCAGGGACCUUCCCAACGAGCGGCAGGUCCGCAUCCAGCUGAAGGACCACAUCGACCGCACCAAAAAGAGGAGGGGGGAGAGGGAUGAGACAGAGUACGAGUACAGCGGGAGUGAAGAGGAGGAUGAAGAGAGGGACGUUGGAGAGCCCAGUUCCAUCAUCAACAUCCCCGGGGAGUCCACCCUGAGGCGGGACUUCCUGCGCCUCCAGCUGGCCAAUAAGGAGCGUUCGGAGCUGAUCCGGCGCCAGCAGCUGGAGCAGCAGCAGAACGAGGAACACAAGCGCCAACUGCUGGCUGAGAGACAGAAACGCAUCGAGGAGCAGAAAGAGCAGAGGCGACGGCUGGAGGAGCAACAGCGCCGGGAGCGAGAAAUGAGGAAGCAGCAGGAGCGAGAACAGAGGCGGAGGUACGAAGAGAUGGAGCAGCUCCGGCGAGAGGAGGAGAGGAGGCACGCAGAGAGAGAACAGGAGUAUAUCCGUAGACAGCUGGAGGAGGAACAGAGGCAGCUGGAGAUCCUGCAGCAGCAGCUCCUGCAGGAGCAGGCUUUACUGCUGGAGUACAAGAGGAAGCAGAUCGAGGAGCAGCGGCAGGCCGAGCGGCUGCAGAGGCAGCUGCAGCAGGAGCGGGCGUACCUGGUGUCGCUGCAGCAGCAGCAGCAGGAGCCGCCGCGCCCGCCGCCGCCACAGGACAAGAAGCAACUGUACCAUUACAAAGACCAGGCGCCCAGCACCAACGACAAGCCGGCCUGGGCCAAAGAGGUGAUGCGUCGAGCUCAGAGCAACUCGCCUCGCGUCCCUCCCAAGAAAUACCACUCCUUCAGGGAGACGAGCGACAGCGGCAUCCUGAGCAACCUGCUCUUACUCCCCGGUUACAAACCUCCCCGCCCUCGCCCCCCUUCCUAUCCUGCUCACGUCAGUCCUACUAGGGAUCACCACCACUUGCCUCAAAUCCAUGUCACCUGUGUCCCAGAGAAGCGCCAGCAGAGCCCAAACAGGAGCCCCGAGAGGGGUCCCGACUCCAGGGGCCGGACCCCCGGCCGGCGGGUGGAGGAGCAUUAUAAGAUGAACAGACAGACUUCUCCUGCAUUGCAGCACAAAGUCUCAAACCGGAUCUCGGACCCGUCGCUGCCACCCCGCUCCGAGUCCUUCAGCAGCGGAGGCAUCCAGCAGGCCCGGACCCCACCGAUGCACCGCCCCGUCGAACCCCAGAUGGCCCACCUGGUGCAGGUGAAGAGUCACGGCCUGUCAGGCUCCCAGUCUCUGUACGACCCCCACGGCGUGUCCUCCUCCUCGGCAUCGCCCUCCCCCUCCCGGCCUCCCAUGCCCCGGCAGAACUCCGACCCCACCUCCGACACCCCUCCUCCCCUGCCCCUCUCCCGCCUGGCGCCCCCCCUCGACAAGUUGGACCGCAGCUCCUGGCUGCGGCAGGAUGACGACAUGCCCCCGAAGGUUCCUCAGAGGACAACAUCCAUCUCUCCCGCUUUGGUCAGGAAGCAUUCUCCUGGAAAUGGACCAGGCCUGGGGCCUCGGGCUGGAGCUCACCUCAUACGGGCCAGCAACCCUGACCUGCGGAGGACCGACGUCUCCAUGGAGACGCCCCUGAAGAGGACGAACAGCGGCAGCUCCUCAAGCUCCAGUACCCCCAGCUCCCAGGGAGGCUCCAAUGAACGAGGUAAUUCAGCUGCUAAGACUGAAGGCUCGACACUGUCUUCCCACGAGACCAAAGAUGACGGCAGAGAGGUGACACGACCCAGCAGGCCUGCAAGCUAUAAGAAAGCUGUAGACGAGGAGGAGUUGGACCUGACGGCUCUGGCCAAAGAGCUGCGGGAGCUGCGUCAGGGGGAGGAAACCAGCCGCCCGCCCGUCAAAGUGACGGACUACUCCUCGUCCAGUGAGGACUCUCACAGCAGCGAUGACGAGGAGGGAGAGGGCGGGGCUAACGACGGGACAGUGGCUGUCAGCGAUAUACCGCGCAUUAUGCCGGCAGCGAGUCAAAGUACCAACGAGUCCUUCGGCAUGAUGGGAGGUCACGACGACGGCCACGACGACUCGUUUGGAAACAGCUCCCAGGACAGCACCCUGAUGAUGCGUGAGAAACAACGGAGGCGGAGCUCUGCCGCCAGCAACGGUUUCCCCGGCAACACUAAUCUGUUCGCCGGCAACGCCAAUCUCCCUGAUUUGGUGCAGCAAAGCCCCUCCCCCCUGGUCUCCCCUGGCGACGCCUCUGGGGCCCAAUACGGGAUGGGCAGCAGCGGAGGCUCCAAGUCUUCCUUCACACCGUUCGUAGAUCCGAGGGUGUACGGGACCUCCCCGACUGAGGACGACGAUAACAUCUCUGCCUCAGGUACGAUUCCUCACCGGGUUGGACCUGGAACCAUAGACGUAACUAAAGCGCUGUUUGCUGAUGAGCUGCUGAAGCACGAGCAGGAGCUGGAGCAGGCGAGGCUCAACGAGGCCCGCAAGAUCUCGGUGGUCAACGUCAACCCGACCAACAUCAGGCCGCACAGCGACACGCCCGAGAUCCGCAAAUACAAGAAACGCUUCAACUCUGAGAUCCUGUGUGCGGCUCUCUGGGGGGUGAAUCUGCUGGUGGGGACGGAGAACGGCCUGAUGUUGCUGGAUCGAAGCGGUCAAGGCAAAGUUUACAACCUGAUCAAUCGCCGACGCUUCCAACAGAUGGAAGUCCUGGAGGGACUCAACGUCCUGGUCACCAUCUCAGGGAAGAAGAACAAGCUGCGUGUUUACUACCUGUCCUGGCUGAGGAACAGGAUAUUACACAACGACCCAGAAGUGGAAAAGAAACAGGGUUGGAUCACUGUUGGGGAGCUGGAGGGCUGCGUGCACUACAAAGUCGUGAAGUACGAGAGGAUUAAAUUUCUGGUGAUUGCUCUGAAGAACGCAGUGGAGAUCUACGCCUGGGCGCCUAAACCUUACCACAAGUUUAUGGCCUUCAAGUCGUUCACCGACCUGCAGCAUCGCCCCCAGCUGGUUGACCUGACUGUGGAGGAGGGACAGAGGUUAAAGGUCAUCUACGGCUCCAGCGUUGGCUUCCACGUCAUCGAUGUGGACUCUGGAAACCCCUACGACAUCUACAUCCCCUCACAUAUUCAGGGUCAGGUGACCCCGCACGCCAUCGUGGUUCUGCCCAAGACGGACGGCAUGGAGAUGCUGCUGUGCUACGAGGACGAGGGCGUCUACGUCAACACCUACGGACGCAUCACCAAAGACGUGGUGCUGCAGUGGGGCGAGAUGCCCACCUCCGUCGCCUACAUCCACUCCAACCAGAUCAUGGGCUGGGGAGAGAAGGCCAUUGAGAUCCGCUCCGUGGAGACGGGACACCUCGACGGAGUUUUCAUGCACAAGCGAGCUCAGCGACUGAAGUUCCUGUCGGAGAGGAAUGACAAGGUUUUCUUCGCCUCGGUGCGUUCUGGAGGCAGCAGUCAAGUCUUCUUCAUGACCCUCAACAGAAGCUCCAUGAUGAACUGGUAACCUUUCUCCUUUGACCCACAACCCUCCUCUUCUUCACUCUGACCAUCGCCCGACAUCAGGAGAGAGGGAUUACAGGAGGACAGUGUGUGUAUGUGUGUGUAUACCAUAUGUGUGUGUGUGUGUUUGUGGAGGAAAUCAACGAGCUGCUGAACGGACGGUUGAGCAAGCGGAAGCCGAGUAUGGAUGCUGAGGAAAGGUGACUCCACACACUGACGGCGGCCGACGCCUUCCCCAUUCCCUGUGGACGGUUAGAUUGGGCGGAUGGUUGUUCUUCGAGGGUUUAGAUCCAGACUUUAAAGGACACUGACAUCAUGCCGAGUAGCCUUUGACUUCCCCGUUUUGAUCGGACGGGGAGCUGCGGAGAAGAUCUCUGUGUAGCACAUUCAUGAUUUCUUACAGGGUGUUCACACUGCGAGUACGAUUCGUCGUUCGACUCUGCUUGUUGGUGCUGAAUCCAGUCAGGCAUAUUUUACUUGCGCUGUGUUGUAGUGAGUAAACAUGACUGGUAGGUAAGGUAGCAUCAAGUCAGUCUGGACUGAACCAAAAUCACUUCAGUACAUCCACACUAAGCCGGGUGAAGUUUUCCCGCCAGUUUGGCCUGGUGUUUUUCUCCCCCAAAUAUUUUAGCUCAUUGAAAACAAAGUACAUAAAUCGAUAAACUCUAACUAGUAACCAAAUGUUUUACCGUAGACAAGCAGGAAUGAGCUUUUGGAGAACAACAUCAGCCUUCCCAGACACAGUCGCUGCUGACUAGAAGAUACCGAGACGUCAAAUAAAGUCUCCUUUGCAAUCUGUGAUUUUUGGAUCGUUUUAGAAAACAAUCGUGAGAGAAACAUGGGUGAAAUCUUGGGUCGUGAAUCCAGACGAUGGUCCUACGUUACGUUCCUCCACCAACAAUGAAGUACGACCCACAUCUAAAAACCACUAUACGGCAUGAAAGGACACAGAAAACUGAUGUAAUGCUACAGCUGAAAACAUUACCUCAAAGUCACUUUGCAAAAUUGCAAAUUGAAAUGUGAGCGCUGUGGACGAAGCUUGUUUCCCUUCAUUUGUCAAAACCUGAGAUUGAUGAUGCGAGUGGCUCUUCUUGCAUCUGUUUGUUUUUCAAUCAAUAUUAAGAGCUACAAUUCAGCAUUCGACAUUCAUCAGACAAUCUGACGUACAGUCAGUACAGUAUCGUACAGUCUGACACACAUUGUGACCAAGACUUUAUUAGACUCAUCUCGCACCUUAAAAAGUGAUGUUGCCGUUUCCCUUUUUGUUCAGGCAUUCGAGUACGAACACAGAUGAAAACACUAAUGUGGCAAGCUGUUCUCAUUCACUGUUAGGGAAAGUAAUGCAUUUGUAUAUGGCCCACGUAAUCGUGUGUCAGGAUGUGCAGGGCUGCCUCACAGGAGGAAGUCAGGUGAUGUAGUAUAAAGAUCGACAAAGUCCGUGUAGGGAGGAGGUUGGGGUGGAUGGAGGGGUCCAACAGACACAGUCAGGAGGCCGCUGUUCGUGUCCCACGUGAAAGCAAAAGUCAACGUUGACUUAUUUCAACUUACUUUUACGGAACUUGCGUUCUUACCUAAUGCCACAUACGUAAGAGAUGUAACAAACGUACUUAUUUUAACCCAAACCAUGACCCUUUCCAAAACCUAACCAAGUAGUUUGGUUGCCUAAACAGGUUUUGCAUUGCAGCGCUGAUCGCUCGUGUUGCUGAACAUUCAUAGGAUAACGCACGAAUAUUUGUGCACUACUUUUCGUAAAAUAUCAUACAAACCGUUGUAUGAGGAUACGUUGAACGUUGACACGUAAUUUUCAAACUUUCCUAAAUUAGCCGUCUUAAAUGUAGUCUUUAUCAACUUUAAAUGGCCACUGACCAAAUGUUGAAUUCUUAUUACGUAUAAAUAUGACGGUCCUUGUUGUUAUCAUCUCAAACACUUCUGAUACUGAUGACUCAAUCUCAAUGGAUGUUUUCUAGACUAACAUCUUGUAGCAAAAAACUUAAAGGUGUCUUUUUUGCGCUGUCAGGUAUUUUUUAAUCAUAAAGCGAAAUUGCAUCAGAAUCUGUGAAGCCCUGAGAAGUUGAGCUGUGGCCGCCGUGCAUGUUGCUUCCCUGAUCAUUGCUCUCUAUCUGUAGGAGGUGAAUGGACUUGAGGACGGUGUUGCUCACAGUGUGAACACUCAUUUUGAGUGCUGCUGCUGCUGAAACACCCUCUGUGUCUCUUUCCCCUUUGCGAGAGAAAGAUACUACUAACAAGCAGUGCGUGUGACGGGGGAAAUGAGACAUUUUAUACUUUGUCGUUGAGGAUGCUGCACAGUUGGUUCACUGCGGCUGCUUUGUCCUGAUGUGUUUCUGGUACGGGAAGGAUGGUUGUAGAUAUUGUAUAAUUGCUGCAACAGCAACACAAUAACAAAAUCUUUCUCACAAGAAGAACUUGGCCGUAGAGUAGUUGCCAACUUCUGGAAGUUUCUGCCCUUUGUUCUCUCCACCUUUUCUGUCCUUGCUGUUCUCUGUCCACUGCACUUGUUGUAAAUACUCACUUUGAUGUUAAGGACAGACUUCGCAAAAAGCAGAUGAGAACGCCGAAGAAGAAAAAAUAACCGUCUCGCAUUCUUUUUGUCAUACCUCUGUAAAUCUGUCCGUUGUGGAUUUUCUCUCAGAUGGGAGGGGUUUUAGUUCUGAUCGGCAAUCCAAGCACAGAAGUUUGGUUUUGGGUUAACACUCCCAAGUUUACUCUUUUUUUCUCCGUACUGUAGUUCAUCACUGUUUAUUUAGUUGUGCUUUUUGCAUGGUGACAUACAUGUUUUGACCUGUCGUCACUUGUUAUGAAUUGUAAGUUUAAGGCAAUACACAGACUGGUCUGACUGCACAAGCUGGAUGCUGAGAGUUUCUACAUGAGCCCUGAAGCAUUUUUCUCACAACACUGAGCUGUAAAUUGAACGUUUUUAAAAUUGUAGAGCAUCUGGGCUUUUAUCUCAUGAGUCACAGUCACAUGAGUCAAGAUUGUACACUGGAUAAUUUACUAUUAAACUUAUAUUUUAGGCAUUAUGGUUGAUGCUCACACCCAGAGCAGCUUAUAAAGAGCGAGCAGGACGGGCUCAGCAUCCCUUGGGAGGACAUUUUUUUAUUUUAUUUUCACCCUUUGACGAUGGUCUCUGAUGUUUGUGAGAUUGUGAUCAGGCUGCGAGAGAGGGAAGUGGUUACUUCACCUUUUUACUUGAUAUUUCUUUCAUUGUUCAUUGAUCUUAAAGGAUGCGCUAGGUGUAAGCGAUGCCGCUUUAAAGCCAGCUGAAGCCUUUUACAUGUGCAGGAUGUUAGCAUUAAUCAACAUCCUGUGAAUAAAGGUCAGGAGGCAGGGUCAGCUUGAGAGACCAUAGAUUUAAAAAAAAAAAAAAAAAAAAAAAAAGAAUAAAUAUAUAUAUAUAUAUAUAUAUAUAUAUAUAUAUAUACUGUAAGAAUUUUCGUUAUAUCUUACUGAUCAUUUUAGAGAAAGACAAAAAAAUAAUGUUCACUUAUUAAAGCUUAGUUGUCUUUCUACAGAAUAGAGAACAUAGCUAUAAGAAUUUCUUAAAAAAAAAAAAAUACAAUGUUUUUAUUGUGGUAUUAUUUGUAUUUCAAUUUUUUGUACGUAUCAAGACUGUGAACGUAUGUACGGAUAUCAGCCUGUGUGUGUGUGUGUGUGUGUGUGUGUGUGUGUGUGUGUGAGAGAGCGAGAGAAAGCAGGUGUGUGACAUGCAUGUGAGUGUAUGUUUUCACCUUGUCUGAAUCACUGGAAUCAGUCAAAAGACGACCUCAAUCUGGUAACACACAUCUGUGGUGUUGAAAAUUCUACAAUAAAUGUCCUCUCCUUGUACAG